GAAACAGGGUUGGAGUGUGAGUCACAUGCGAGCCCAAAGGAUGGAGGAGCAGAAAAAUCCCUGAGUAAGCGGGGCGCGCUGGUCCACAGAGACAAUGGAGCAGCCGCACAGACAGCCUCGCAGCCAGGAGGCCCUGCAGCAGCCCCAGAAGGAGCGGUGGAGACAGGGAGCUACGGCUUGAGGCUCCGAUGGCGUCCCCAUUCUCAGCUCCGGCCCCAGCGCAUCCUGCCUGCUCAUCCUUCCCAGUGUUCAAGAAGGCAAGCCCCAAUGGAAAGCUCACUGUUUACCUGGGGAAGCGGGACUUUGUGGACCACAUUGACCUCGUGGACCCUGUGGAUGGUGUGGUCCUGGUGGAUCCUGAGUAUCUCAAAGAAAGGCGAGUCUACGUGACGCUGACCUGCGCCUUCCGGUAUGGCCGGGAAGACCUGGAUGUCUUGGGUCUGACUUUUCGUAAAGACCUGUUUGUGGCCAAUGUGCAGUCCUUCCCACCAGCCCCUGAGGACAAGAAGCCACUGACUCGGCUACAGGAGCGGCUCAUCAAGAAGCUGGGCGAGCAUGCCUACCCCUUCACCUUUGAGAUCCCUCCAAACCUUCCGUGCUCAGUGACAUUGCAGCCAGGGCCUGAGGACACAGGGAAGGCCUGCGGUGUGGACUACGAAGUCAAAGCCUUCUGUGCCGAGAACCUGGAGGAGAAGAUCCACAAAAGGAAUUCUGUGCGGCUAGUCAUCCGGAAGGUUCAGUAUGCCCCAGAGAGGCCUGGCCCUCAGCCCACGGCCGAGACCACCAGACAGUUCCUUAUGUCGGACAAGCCCCUGCACCUUGAGGCAUCUCUGGAUAAGGAGAUCUAUUACCAUGGAGAACCCAUCAGCGUCAAUGUCCAUGUCACCAACAACACCAACAAGACUGUGAAGAAGAUCAAAAUCUCGGUACGCCAGUAUGCAGACAUCUGUCUCUUCAACACAGCUCAGUAUAAGUGCCCGGUGGCCAUGGAGGAGGCCGAUGACAAUGUGGCACCCAGUUCAACGUUCUGCAAGGUCUACACACUGACUCCCUUUCUGGCCAACAACCGAGAAAAGCGGGGCCUUGCCCUGGAUGGGAAACUCAAGCAUGAAGACACAAACCUGGCUUCCAGCACUCUGCUGAGGGAAGGCGCCAACCGUGAGAUCCUGGGGAUCAUCGUUUCCUACAAAGUGAAAGUGAAGCUGGUGGUGUCCCGGGGCGGCCUGUUGGGAGAUCUUGCGUCCAGUGAUGUGGCUGUGGAGCUGCCUUUUACCUUAAUGCACCCCAAGCCGAAAGAGGAGCCCCCACAUCGGGAAGUUCCAGAGAGCGAGACUCCAGUAGACACCAAUCUCAUAGAGCUUGACACCAAUGAUGACGACAUUGUAUUUGAGGACUUUGCCCGCCAGAGGCUGAAAGGCAUGAAGGAUGACAAAGAUGAAGAGGAUGACGGCACGGGCUCUCCACACCUCAACAACAGAUAGACUGGGGCCUGCCCUCGCCCUGGCAGCUCCAGGUUCACUUCUGCACUCGGAUGCUUUCUCAUCUCCUUCCCCAUUCUGGUUCCCCCCUCCCUUUUGUUCUUCCAGUUUCUACCAAGGGGCCCCAGUGGUCUUCCAAGUCUCGGUGACGAGCCUCUGGCCUCAGAACUGGCCUCACGUCACCAUGCCAGCAGGACCACAGCACACAUCCUCCUCAGCCAUCUCUCUGCGAUCACUUACCACCCCCGUUUCAUGCUCAUUCCUAGAAAGGCCACACACACUACCUGGCCUUGGGAUUUGACUUGAGUUGGGGAGCAGAAAGGGAAGGGUGGGGCCAGAAGGUCAAAGUGAUGGUGGGUAUGAAGAGGUGGAAAGGUUGGGCAAGAUGGAUCAAGACACAAGACACAAGAAGAUGCCUGCCGUCCCAGGAGGUGACACAGUUUUUGGCAGCUAAAAGAUGCCUGUAUUGAAGGCUGAAGGGGGCAGGACUGUGAAUAGAUUCUCAAUGGUCUUUUUUUCUUGUGGUCUAGGCCUACCAGAGACUUCUUCCCCUCUACCCUCAUCUUUGGUCCAUGUCCUUGUGUUUCAUAGGAGAGGCACAUAGACCCCAGGAGUGAAGAGCAAUGAACUGACUUUCUAACCAGCAGACACUUAGAUUGAGGCAGGCUACAGAUCCACCACCACAUCUGUCAGUACUGAUAGGAUGAGUUGCCUUAGCUUUGUUGCAUUUUGUGUGGGGGCACAAAGAGGGGAAUCGAGUCUUUGAAAAACACCAGCCCCUAGCAGUGAGCCAGAGCUACUGAGAAGGUUUUCUGAGGUGGUUUAAGAGAUGGGACAGGGCAGGGGAUGAACAUCUUUCCCUUAGUGGAUAGUCCUGCAGGAAGCAGGGAUGGAGGACUACAGGCAGCUGAAGCCAACGGUAUCUUCCAGCAUCCUCUAGUAGUUUUCCAGUGACUUAUCCCUAUAAGCUAGGAGAGGGAGAGAGAGAGGUGCCUGAGGCCACCAUUCCCACUGUUAAGGGAGUACCCAUAAAGAUGCACUCCCCAAUAGGAAAGUGCCCCCUCUCCUGGAGGAAUUGAACUCAUUAGUAUCCAGGGUCAUGGGUACUCAGUAUCCAUUAGCUGGUGUUAGUGUGACUUGACUGGGGUGUUUCCCAGGGUAAUAGGGCAGACAGGUGGUAAAACAGUGCUCAAAGAUAUCCUUGUUUGGGCUUUGAUGCAAGCUUGUUGUGUGACCUUGGGCAAGUUUCAUCUCCAUCUUCAGGCCUCAGUUUCUUUUUGGAAAGCCAGGAGGUAGACCAGAUGACCCCAGAGUUUCCAGUUCUAGUUUCUGUAAAUUGAUGGCUCUCUGGGCUUCUAGUCUGCCAACUCCUCAUCUGCCUUCAGAGGAGGUUCAUGAGACCUCAGAGGACUCAGGGCUAGGCAGAGCACUGAAGGCACUUUCCUGACUAGGAAGGGCCACCCUUGGACCCUAGUUGGCUUGUCUGAUGUCAAGUUGUGGUCACAGCCUUUGUGAAUUUUUCUGUCCUAGAGCUUAUAUUUGCUGAGGCUUGCAUGAGAAGUGUGUGGACAACCUUGGGUUUAUCAACUGUAUCGAUUAGCAGGGAAAGAGGAUCUCAUUUCAAUUUCUGUUCUCUUUUUCUCAGUUCCAUACUUGCCUGAGAAGGGGGACUACAACUUUUGUUUGUUUUUGAAACAGAGUCACAUAGCCCAGGCUAGCCAUGAACUCACUAUGUAGCUGGGAAUGAUCUUGAAUUCUUGAUCCUCUUGUCUCAAGUGCUGGGAUUGCAGGCAUGUCCCUCUACUACUGUCUUCACAGACUGGAAUUAUACAGAUUGGAUCCUAUUAUACUGAUCAGAUCCCAGCCAUUUUCAGUCCCUCCUGUCUAGUGGUUGCAAUAAUUUAUCAUGGUGAAUGAUCCAGGCCCACUGUCCCCGUACCUUCUAAAUGUUAUAAGCAGUCAGCUCAAGUCAUCUCUUUCCAGAUUAGAACAGUCUGUUUGGGGCAGUCAUAUUUCCUGGCCUGCCCUGGGAUCAUAACGGCAGGCUUCCCUGGUAUCCAGACCCUGCCAGAGCUAACUGGGCACUUUUGCACCUACAGAACUGAUUAAAAUCUUGAACAGUGUAAGGCAAGCAUGUGCCCCCCACUGGCUUUCACUAAAACCUCUGGGGUUGAUACAAGGCCCUUUAGCAUUUGGGCUAACCCCUCCCUGGCAAACUUCCCUCUCAUCCUUAACUUGUACAAGCAAAGGGUCUCUCAGGCUGGCGUCUUGAACUUCCUGAACCUCAGCCUCGCCACUCACCCUUUGGGUUUAUCUCACAGAUCAACUGAAAUUUCUCCAGCGGCAGGGAUGCAUCAGAGCUCCCUGUGCUUUGAGCUGGGCCUACCUAAGGGCAAUGGUCAAGUUGGAUUGCAGCCAAACCAUCCUUGGCUGACAGCUUUGUUCCUUUAUUCUGGGUACUGCAGACAUCAAGGUGGAUUUCUCCCUAGAAUUCCCGUUUGUAGAAAGCUCCUGGCAAGGGCAAAGUUAGAAGACAGUGCUGACGGCUCUGGCUGCAGCUGGUCCACGCAGUGCCUUGAUGUGAAUUGGACACAGUGCCUCUUCCAGGUGGACUCAAACCCACAAUGUCACUGUGUGAGGUUGGAAUUUGGUGUCACUUGCCUCUACUCCACAGUAGCGUGCUACCAUACUGGACAAGAUACACAGGCUAAUGUGUUUCUCUGGCCUCUUCUCCAGUAGCCGGCUUAGAUCCCUUGUCUAGGCCUCUGGUCUGCUCCAUCUCCCAUCUCAUGACAUGACACAGCAUUUCUCUAUAGGGCCCUUCUCUGUCCUGGAGUGCUCCUGGCCAGGAAGCAUUUUGGGAGUGAAACUGGAGGCAGAGGAGCCUCCUGAGGUUCCAGGUACUAUCCAGUGACUUUUCCUGUGCUUAGGGACUGGGACUUGUGCCACCAAACAGCCGACACUGGGACUUUCCAGUAAACCAAAGGGCACAUGUUGGUGCCAAUCUGGGCAGGAAGAGCAUGCUUUGGUAAAAGCUCAUGAAUAGAGGGCGAUUGGAGUUGCCCAGUGCCCCAGCCAGGAGAAGAAUUCAGUUCCCAGAAGGAUAAGGACUGAGUUUCCUGGCUGGACCCCAUGGCUAUUUCAGCUUUAGAGCCCAGAUGGCUCCUGCAGGAGGGUGGCUGACAAACUGAUUCCCACCUGUGAAAGGGACCCUGUCCUGAAAGUCCCUGAGGCCACUUCUCAGUCCACACUAACUGGAACAAUAAUAGCCUUUGUCUGCUUUAUUUGUGGGAUUGCAAUGAGGCUGAGAGAAGAACCAGGAGCCUGUACUCUGUAGGCUGCAACCUACUGCACAGGGGUGGCCCUGUCACUGAAGGGAUGAGGCCCGAGGUCACACAGGAAGCUUGCUGUGGAAUGAGCCCUCUGUUUGCCAGUCUCUGUCUUUUGACCUGAAUUUUCCUGGUUAGAUAUCAGCCACAAUGACAAUCGACCAUUGUGGUCAUGGUAACCACUCUGGGGGAGAACUGUAGGCACUAUUGUCCAAUGAUAGGUCCCAGCAACCAGACACAGAAGACAUGGAUGUUGUCAGUGACUGGGGGACAGGGUGGAUCAUCUUGGACUCUCCUGGGCCUGGACUCACUCACCUCCUAGAGCCCACAAAAGUCAGGAUACCUGGGCUCUGACCACAGGUCAGGGAACUGAGCCCACCAUCACGUCACCCAAGAAAUCCAAUGGUGAGAGGAAUAGAUGUUGCCUCUUCUAAGUAAAAGGUUCCUCCAACAUCAACAGAAGCAUCACAGUGUGGAGAUCUUAGGGAAUGCCCAGUCCUCUUGCUCUGAGAGCUGAACCCUGGCUCCAUAUCCCAGAGGCAGCUUUCUCUCCCACCAAUGGCUAAAGCCUGUGUGUGGUUCCCAUCCACCAGAGAGGGGCAAGACUCCAAGCUUGAGCUCCCAGGAUACGGGUGGGCACCUGUUCUGGUAUUUACUCUUUUUAAACUUAAGGACCAAAUGAGACUCCUCUGUUUUUUACCCACACAGCCUGUCUUGGGCCUGGUCCAGGCAGCUCUAUACCUUCUGCCCUCCCUCCUGGCCUGAAGCAGCCUACUUGUGGGGGAGGAUCCACACCUCUGCCACCCCCACACACACUGGCUUUACAUGGCGGCCUGUGGAAGGGAAGCACCCCCCAACAUUACCAACUUGUCACCCCCCAAAAGGGAAGUCAUAGUCAAAAGCACAGGUCCUUGGGACCCACUGUCUGCCCAGCUACUGUGGACCUUGGUGUUCCACACAGCCUUGCUGGGGUUGCUGCCAGGGGAAGCUGGGGAAGAGGGGGACAGGUUGAGUCUCUGGCCUUCUCCUCAUUCUCACUUCCUCCACAAUAACUGCUUUUAACUCUCUCGUCUUUUGAGGUUUCACUUUUAAACUCCACUUUGAAGAAAAACUUCAAACCACCAUUCUGAGGUUUGAUCUUAGACCAGCAAGCGCAGGCUCUCCUCUUGCUUUAGUGUGCUGGGGUGACUCACGCAUCCUGACACAAAGAUGCUUCGUGCUGGAACUCAGGUCACCAGGUCCGAGCAUUUGAACACACACACACACACACACACACACACACACACUCACUGUCACACACACACUCACACACAUACACUUGUUUUCUUAGUUGACCUACCCUGAAGCUUGGCAAUGAGUUGGAUGUGGGCUGGGCCUGAUGCUCAGUGGAAGUAGGGCUUGGCCUUGAUGUUGGCAUGUGCUGCAUGGGAAAUAUAGAGCGAGCAGCCAGGUCCAACGUCCACUCAGGACUUGUUCUCAGGCAAGGCCUAUGGCUCGACAGGAUGAGCAAUGGGAAGAGAAGCUAGGGUUGGCUUCUUUAUACACAACCAAGGGUGGUAAUCCAGGUUCAUGUAAGAGAUACACCAGGGAUGGCAUUUAUGAGGCUGGAUUCUUCAGAGACAUUUUAAGCAUGUCUUCCUUGAGGGAAUCUACUAGGAUUCCUCUUCCACACCUAUGGAUGUCCAUGUGCACAACAGGAGGCUUUUGUGCCCAAAGAGGCUGGUUUCCCCUUCUGCAGUCCACCAGUGUCGUCCCCCUCCAUGCUGGUCUGCACUCAGCUUAUUGUGGAGACUUGUGCUAGCCUUUGGCACAGCCCUCCUGGGUCCGCCUCCCGGCAUUCUGGGUGAGGAUUUGAUGCUCAGGGCACUGCUAAUCACAUGGAACGGGAGAAAGAUGCCAACUGAUGGCACCUUUGGAAGGCACCAAAACCAAGUGUGACUUAGGAGACCCCGCUGACCUCAGGCUCCUCAGUGUAAAGGGCUAGUGCCAGGCUCUGCCCACCUCACAGGGACUACUGGAAAGGACAUAAGUGGGCAGGAAGAGAGGUCCUAUGAGGUGGCAGCCUAUGUGAGGGAAUAAAGUCUUUACUGGGCUCCUGACCUGCAGAGCCCACAACAGAAUUAAAACACAGUAUUUUGUCUUCCCGGAGCGUCUCCUCUCAUUGUUAGGUCGCAGCUGCUGUGGGGCUGCCUCUUCCGAGGAGUGGGAGCUGAUGUAUGUCCUGGGUGUGGUGGGAAGGGGUUGGUGGGGCAGCCUCAGGCCUGUGACCCUCUGUGAAGUGAUGAUUUGUGGCACAUUCAUUCCUGGACCACAUCCAGGUUAACCUGUUGUACCUGUGGCUGCCCUUGUUCUGUGAAGUCGUUCUAGUUUUAUUCAACUCCAACAGGACAGAUAAGCAAAAGAACCUUGAACGAGGGGCCAUUAAAGGCCUUUUGUGACAGAGAA